AUGUCGAACAACUGCGCUUCUGCUCCUGCUUCUGCUCCUGCUUCUGCUCCUGCUAGUGCUUCUGCUUCUGCUGCUGCUGCUGCUUCUGCUGCUUCUGCUAGUACUUCUGCUGGUGCUUCUGCUAGUGCUUCUGCUCGUACUCCUGCUCCUGCUGCUCCUCCUCACCCUGGUCUUGCUCAUGCGUCUGCCUCUUCUCCAGCUCCUACUACGACUCCUACUCCUGCUUCUGUUUCUGCUCCUGUUCCUGUUCCUGCUUAUGCUUCUGCUUCUGCUUCUACUCCUGCUCCAUUUUCUCUUCUUAAAGCAAGAGUCUCUAUCAUGAUUCCCGCUACCAUUGCGAUACGAUGA